AAGAUUUACACGCGCGCGAUAUAUGUACACUUGAAUCGGGCUAAUAUAAUUUAUAUUUGACACUGUUUCCGAUCAUCGACCAAGCAUGUCAUUUUUUGGAGUCAACGUAAAUCCCUUUUCAACGCCAGUGGGCCAAAAAAUUGAGCAAGCUACGGAUGGUGGUUUGCCUAGUGAAAAUUGGGCACUUAAUAUAGAGAUAUGUGAUAUUAUAAAUGAGACAGAAGAUGGACCUAGAGAUGCUAUUAAAGCAAUUAAGCGUAGGCUUAAUCAAGCUGCUGGCAAAAAUUAUACUAUAGUAAUGUAUACGCUUACUGUAUUAGAAACCUGCGUGAAAAAUUGUGGAAAACGUUUUCAUGCUCUUGCUUGUUCACGAGAAUUCGUACAAGAAUUGGUUAAGUUAAUUGGACCGAAAAAUGAACCACCAACUGCUGUGCAGGAAAAAAUUUUGAAUCUUGUUCAAACAUGGGCAGAUACAUUCUGUCAUCAACCGCAUACUCAAGGAGUUGUACAAGUCUAUCAGGAAUUAAAAGCAAAAGGCAUACUAUUUCCGAUGACUGAUUUGGAUGCAAUGGCACCUAUCAUUACCCCUCAAAGAAGUGUACCUGAAACAGAACAAAUCUCAGGAAAUUUGCCUGUAAAUGAUCAACAUAUUUCCAACUCUACAGUGAUACAACAACAAUCGCAAUUACAAUCAUGUAGUCAGUUAACUCAAUUGAAUGAGCAACAAUUGGCAAAAUUACAAAGUGAACUGGAUGUUGUGCAAGGCAACAUGCGUGUUUUAUCAGAAAUGUUAACAUAUUUGACAGAUCAAACUUCUACUCAACCACCAGAUUCUGCAGAUCUUGAAUUAUUAACAGAAUUGCAUGCAACAUGUAAAGCAAUGCAAGAACGUGUGGUAGAUUUAAUUGGAAAACUAGCUAAUGAUGAGAUGACAGCUGAAUUAUUGCGUAUAAAUGAUGAACUCAAUAACUUGUUCCUGCGUUAUUCAAGAUAUACAAAAAAUAAAGCUGUACCUGCAAGUACUAUAUUAGCUCAAACAAUAGGUCAACCACCAAAUAUUGAUUCGAGUGCAGAGUCAACAAAAAAAGAGGCAGAUUCACUUAUAGAUUUGUCAGAUGAAAUUGAUACUGUACAAAAGCAGGUGGCAGGAAUGGGUAUAUCUGAAACUGAUGAUAAUCUUAGGGUAGAAAAAAAAGAAAAGAAAGGUGGAGAUAAUGAUGAAUUUGAUAUGUUUGCACAGUCCCGCAAUGCGACAUAUGAGACAACAAAAAACAGCGGCAGCAAAUAUGAAGACAAUAUGGAACAGGUGAGCGGAGGAAGUCUAAGUUCAGCAAUUCUCAAUCGUAACAAUCCUAAGUAUACCCACCAAACUGCUUCUACUACUGCUACUACUAUUACUACUACUACUACUACUGCUGCUGCUGCUGCUGCUGCUGCUGUUGCUGCUCCUACUACUACUACUCUCAACCGGGAAUCAGAAUUCAGUGAAAUGGCAGCUUGGCUUAGUCAUACGCCUGCUGUACAAGGUGACCAAGAAUCUUUAACAUCAUCAGAGUUUGAACGUUUUUUAGCAGAGCGAGCAGCUGCUGCUGAAGCUCUUCCUACACUUUCAACUACAACAACUCCAUCAAAUACUUCAAAUUCUGGAAAUCCAAAUAUUCAACGUCAAAUUAAUAAAGAUCAAGAUAAAUCUUUAUUUGCUCUGUAAAUGUUGCUGUCAAAUCUCUUUUAAAGCAGGUGAUAAAAGACAACACAACUCUAUACUAAUUCAAGUCUCAAAUGCCUCUACCUGCAUCUGUUAUAUUAAUGUUCAUAUUAAUUUAAUCAAUUAAAUGCAAAAAAAGAAAUAAGAAAUCAGGAAAGAGAGGCAAAAGCAUUAUGCAUUAAAUUUGCUUUUUUUACGUACUUAACAAGUGUAGUACCACGCAGUAUGUAUUGGAAUAUUUUUGUUAUAGAUUCUUACUUAUAAUGGAUAAGUAAUGAUAAAAUAGAAAUCUAAAGAAAAUGUA